AUGAACGCCGGUAGAACAGACAGAAAACUUGACAAUAGUCAGGUUGGAUCAUUAAGUGCGUGCUUCCUUGCGCAGAGGAAUUUCCAAGUUGAUGUCUACGAAGCUAGGGAAGAUAUUCGAGUGGCUAAAUUUGCACGUGGAAGAAGCAUUAACUUGGCCCUUUCUUAUAGAGGACGACAAGCCUUGAAAGCCAUUGGCCUGGAAGAUCAGAUUGUAUCUCAAGGUAUUCCCAUGAGAGCAAGAAUGAUUCACUCUCUUUCAGGAAAGAAGUCCACAAUUCCCUAUGGGACGAAGUCUCAGUAUAUUCUUUCUAUAAGCAGAGAAAAUUUAAACAAGGACCUAUUGACUGCUGUUGAGAAAUUCCCCAAUGUGAAGGUGCACUUUGGCCACAGGCUGUUGAAAUGUAACCCCGAGCAAGGAACUGUCACAGUGCUUGGAUCUGACAAAGUUCCCAAAGAUGUCACUUGUGACCUCAUUGUAGGAUGUGAUGGAGCCUUUUCAACUGUGAGAAGUUACCUCAUGAAGAAACCCCGCUUUGAUUACAGUCAGCAGUACAUUCCUCAUGGGUACAUGGAAUUGACCAUUCCACCCAAGGACGGGCAUUAUGCCAUGGAACCUAAUUAUCUGCAUAUUUGGCCUAGAAAUACCUUUAUGAUGAUUGCACUUCCUAACACGAACAAAUCUUUCACGUGCACUUUGUUCAUGCCCUUCAAAGACUUUGAACAGCUUCUCACCGGGAGUGAUGUGCUGAAUUUCUUCCAGAAUUACUUUCCAGACUCCAUCCCUCUAAUUGGAGAGCAAGCGCUGGUGCAAGAUUUCUUCCUGUUGCCCCCGCAGCCCAUGAUAUCUGUGAAGUGUUCUCCCUUUCACUUUAAAUCCCACUGUGUGCUGAUGGGAGAUGCAGCUCAUGCCAUAGUGCCAUUUUUUGGGCAAGGAAUGAAUGCGGGCUUCGAAGACUGCUUGGUAUUUGAUGAAUUACUGGAUAAAUUCAAUAACGAUCUUAGUAUGUGUCUCCCUGAAUUCUCAAGAUCUAGAAUUCCAGAUGACCAUGCGAUUUCAGACCUAUCCAUGUACAAUUACAUAGAGAUGCGAGCACAUGUCAAUUCAAGGUGGUUCAUGUUUCAAAAGACCAUUGAGAGAUUUCUUCACGCCAUUAUGCCAUCUACGUUUAUCCCUCUCUAUUCCAUGGUCACCUUUUCCAGAAUAAGAUACCACGAGGCGGUGCUGCGCUGGCGUUGGCAGAAAAAGGUGAUAAACAAAGGUCUCUGUUUCUUCGGCUCACUGAUAGCCAUCGGUAGCACCUAUCUGCUUGUGCACUACAUGUCACCGAGACCUCUAGACGACGUAAGAAGACUGUGGAUCUGGAUCACUCACUUCCAGAAUACAGGCCACGUUUCCCUGUAG